CAUCCACAAAAAUAAUGAGUUAGAUCCGCGGAAUCUUUCAAGUUCUAGCAAUCCUCAUAUUAUAAAUAGAGCUGAUUGAAUCACACCCCAUAUCCAAUCGAAAAAAAUUGAUAACAUCACACAGCAUUAGUAUGUAUCAGCAACAAGGGUCAGAUCCAACAAAGCAAUCACCGGCAACCGGUUUUCCGGUGAGCUAUAGCAAUUCAACAACGUAUUCGACCAACGAGGCUUCCUACGCUCCAGUCCCACCUCCCCAGCCCAAACCUCUUGUCGAUUGGUCCACCGGCCUCUGUGACUGCUUCUCCGAAUGUGGAAACUGUUGCAUGACGUGUUGGUGUCCAUGUGUUACCUUUGGCCGAGUUGCAGAAAUUGUUGACAAGGGAUCCACAUCAUGUGGUGCUAGUGGGGCUCUGUAUACGCUGAUUUGCUGUGUCAUUGGCUGUGGCUGCCUAUACUCUUGCUUCUACCGCCCCAAGAUGAGACGACAGUAUGGUCUAAAGGGAAAUGGUUGUUCGGAUUGCUUGACUCAUUGCUUCUGCGAGCCCUGCGCCCUCUGUCAAGAAUAUCGUGAGCUUCAACACCGUGGAUUUGACAUGAUUAUUGGGUGGCAUGGAAAUGUCGAGCAACGAAGUCGGGGAGUAGCCAUGACUGCUACAACAGCUCCAUCAGUCGAAAAUGGCAUGAGCCGUUGAAUAGUAUGCAGUUCUGUAACUAAGACAAUGUGUCUACGAUGCUUGUGUUAAACAUGAAGAAUAAUAAUGUUUGAAGAAUGGUUCAUUCCUUUUUUUCGAUCCCCUUUUCAUAUUAAUAGUUGUCAUUUAAAUUAAUGUUAGACUACUUUUAUAAUAGAUGCGGUGUUACAACGUAUCUUUUUCUGUAUCCAAUUGUGGCAACGAGGAUACAAUAUAAGUUCUUAUGCAUUUAUCUUAACUUCCGCCGCUAGGCUGAUCGUAGUGGUUUACAAUGCAUCUAUUUAUAAAAUAAAAUAAAAGACAAUGGAUCUAUUUAUCCUUUCA